AUGCUGGGAUUAGAAUCACGCAGAUUCCCUUGGACUCUCCUGUGUACCACGGUUGCGCUUGCCAUCUUUCCUUGGAUUCAUUGUGAACGAGUCGGAGGAGUCGCGAGUUAUUCCUCCCGGUUUAUCAUCACCUUGUCGCCUGAGGAAGUACCGUCCUUGCAUCAUUUCGAGGCACAUCUUAAGGAUUUGAACAUAUCCUACAGAAUCCUUGAAGACUACACUACGCUAGUUCCCGAUGUAUUUUAUGGCGUAUCGUUAUACUUGGAUCGUUCGGAGGACGUCUCCCUGAUUCAAAACUCGUCGCGCGUAGAGAGACUGAAUGUCGUGAAAGACGUGUUUCCAUUGCAAACUUUCAGGACUCGGGUCCUGGACCGACCGCUUCUUGCGACGCCGGAGACCUAUCCCCCUCACGUCCAAACCAACAUUACAGAUCUUCAUCGUUUGGGUGUUCUUGGCCAAGGUAUCAAGGUUGCCAUCAUCGAUUCAGGAAUUGACUGUGCACACCCAGCCUUGGGAGGCGGCUUUGGCCCCGGAAAGCGAAUUUCGUUCGGGCUGGAUCUCGUUGGAGACAACUUCAAUGGGACGAAUGAUCCCGUCAGAGGUCACAAUCCAUGCACUAAAUGCGGUCUGCAUGGUACCCAUGUGGCUGGAAUCGUUGCUGCGCAAGACGUAGGGUACGGAUUCACGGGGGCGGCACCAAAAGCUGAAAUUGGCAUGUAUCGUAAGUUUACAUGCAAAAGCCAGACGAGAGACGACAUCAUUCUCGCAGCUUUGCUGAAUGCCUAUAAAGACGGAGCGGAUAUUAUUAAUUUAUCUCUUGGCGGAGCAGCUGGAUGGGGAGAAGGAGCGAUUUUGUACGAUGUCAUUAACACCCUUGUCCAGAAAAAGUCUGCGAUUAUUAUAGCUUCUGCUGGCAAUGAAGGAGCGGAGGGUGUUUUUAUGGCGGCCAAUCCCGCUUCAUCCAAAAAUGCUAUUUCUGUUGGCUCAGUCGAUGCUGCCUCAUUUGUGGCUCACUACUUCUGGACCUCGACUGGUCAACGUAUUCCUUAUCGCUCAGCCAUCCCUUUCCCAACGGGGAGCUUUCCCAUUUAUUUUACUUCGAACUCUACCCACACUCAAGACGAUGCUUGCAAACCAUUGCCAGAAUCUACACCUGAUCUAAGCAAAUAUAUCGUAAUAAUUCGCAGAGGAACUUGUUAUUUUGAGACCAAAGUUGAGCAAGCUAAAGCGAAGGGGGCGAAAACGAUUCUUUUCUACUGGGUUGGCUCCUACUUCCUGGGAUUGAUUCGAAAACAGUCAGGGCUUGCAAACUCAACUGUGGCCGUGAUUACGGCUGAGGCCGGAAAGUACUUGCUCGAAACAUCGCGCAAGAAUGGUGCCAUUAGAUUGAACUUCACGCAUUCCCCAUCUUUCUACGCGCCCUCACCAAACGGGGGAUUCAUGAGCAAUUUUUCGCAGUUUGGUCCCAGCUACGAUUUUCUUAGCCCCCAACCGGCCAUCUCGGGUGUGGGUGGUGAUGUGGUCUCAACAUACCCUGUUGAUGAAGGUGGCUACGCAGCUUCCAGUGGAACCUCGAUGGCAGCACCGCAGAUUGCCGGCAUUGCGGCAUUGAUUUUGAGCGCUAGAGGCAAAAACUUCAAUGGCCUCUCGAUACGGUCACGUUUAGCAUCCACCGCUCGUGUGGUUCGGACUGAUUAUGGAAAUGGAGUCCUCGAAAACGCAAUUCAUCAAGGGGGAGGACUGGUGAAUGCGUUUUGCGCAGUGUUUUCCAACACAUCCGUCUCAACAUCCUCUAUCGCUCUAAAUGAUUCAACAAAUAUGAAUUGCAGUCAAACUUUUACCCUGAUAAACGAGGGAACCCUACCUGUUACUUACCGAGCUGAACACCUACCUGCUGGUUCAAUCGCCACAUUUUCUCCCAAAUCAAAACACGGCCGGAUAGACUCGGGAAUACCAACCCAAUCUGCUAACUACGCAAGCGCUGUCAUUCAGCCCGAAACCUUUACUGUGAUGCCAGGACAGAAGCAAGUCAUCCGUACUAAGUUUACAGCACCCAGCGGUUUGAGUUCGGAGGAUUUAUACGUGUAUUCAGGUUACAUUUCUCUGAGUAGCGAUGUUCUGUGUGAAAGUCACACCGUCCCUUACUACGGAGUUUUAGGAUCAAUGAAAGACCAAAAGAUAAUCGACCGGGGUUCGAACGAGCAGAUCGAAAAAAGCGAUAACUCGAAAUACACUUUCCCUCAUUUUAUCUUUAGCGAUAAUAACAGAAGCUCUGCGGUAGAAAAACCACUGAUAUGGAACCUCAGGAAACAUAAUUAUACUACUUUACUUUUCAGAGCCAAUUUCGGAUCACGAUACAUGAGACUCGAUCUUGCCCCUCACAAUGCUGUACUAUCAAACUAUACCAACAGCACGAAUUCAGCUUGGAGGUCAACAUUCCGGGGAAUCAAUUUGUUGGGCUUGAUACCUACCAGUGAUUCAGAAUUGUUUUCUAGGUCUGGCAUGCACGAGGUCCAAGAGUUAGACUGGAAUGCUACUAUACUGGACAGCGAGUAUAGCAAACCCAAACGGAUACCGAGCGGGAAGUACAAGGUCUUGUUACGCGCCUUAAAAAUCACGGGCGACCUUACAAAUGAAGCAGACUUUGAAACGUGGCUAUCACCCUUGAUCCACCUGAGACAUUAA